AUGAGUCUCAUAUCGUGGAAUUGUCGGGGGCUUGGAAACCUGACGGCAAUUCGGGUGUUGGCGGACUUGGUUCGCACUAAGAGGCCGAGUGUGAUUUUUCUUAUUGAGACUUUUGUGGAUAAGCAUCGAAUAGACGAUAUCCGGGUGCAGUUGGGUUUCGAUUGUGCUUUCACGAUUGAUGCAGUGGGACAUAGUGGUGGCUUGGCUUUGUUAUGGUCUAAUACUGUGGAGUUGAAAGUUGUUAGUUACUCCUUAAAUUAUGUGGACACGGAAGUGAGAAUGGAUGUGGGCAGUCCAUGUUGGCGGUUCACAGGCUAUUACGGGUACCCGGAGAGGCAUCGUAGAAGGGAGGCAUGGCAGUUAUUGCGUUCCCUAUCAGCACGGUCUACUUUACCAUGGCUGGUUAUGGGGGACUACAACGAUUUAUUGGACCAGUUUGAGAAGUUGGGACGGGCACCCCAUCCAGGGUGGCUCAUUAAUGGGUUUAGGGAGGCGGUCGCGGAUUGUGGCCUGCAGGAUGUCCCGUUUGGUGGCCACCAAUUCACCUGGGUGAAGUCACGUGGGACUAGCCGGAUGAUGGAGGAAAAGUUGGACCGGAUUCUAGCAAGUGAGAGUUGGCUGGACUUGUUUGAGGGGGCACGGGCGCAGUCUCUGCCUACUUUGUAUAGUGAUCAUCUACCUCUUGUCUUAACGCCCGUAGCUUUACCGCGGGUGCGGAAAAGGGCUAGAUUCUGUUUUGAUAACAUGUGGUUGAGGGAAGAGGCCUGCAGGGAAAUUGUCGCACAUAGUUGGAACCGGACAGUGGGGCUGGAUACAUUGGAUAGAGUGGAGGUAUGUGCUCGUGAUAUUUCGUGA